GUCACAUGGCUUUGGCCCUCAGGAAUGGAUGGAGAUGGAUCCCCACGUCAGCUUGUACGUCUAAGGAUUUCUGCUCCACCAGUCUGCCUCAAAGUGGCUGGAGCGCAGCGCCGCGAAGGAGCUAUGAAAGGAUUUUUAUAGGACGUUUCCAACAGCAGAAUAUGGAUUUUGAUGAGCGGAUCUCCGGCUCUAAUAUGUAUUUACCGAGCUGCACUUACUACGUCUCCGGAGCAGACUUCUCGGGUCUCCCUCAUUAUUUAACCCAGAGCCAGUCCUCUUGUCCCAUGACAUACCCCUACCAGUCCUCUGCCCUGCCACAGGUCCCGUCCGUGAGAGAUGUGGCUUUCAGAGACUAUGGGAUUGACACUUCCAGUAAAUGGCACCACAGCAGGGGGAGCCUGUCACACUGCUACCCUGAGAACAUCGUACACAGAGACGGCUGGACGAGCCCGAGUUCACGGGGGGGAGAGAUCCUGGUGAAAGGCAGCUCCAGCGCCAGCCACUCCAGCUCCUCCAGCAACCCGACUUCUGGCUUCUAUGGCAGCGUUGGCAGGAACGGCGUCCUGCCACAGGCGUUCGACCAGUUCUUCGACACUGCCUACGGGAGCGCAGAGAGCAGCACAACGCCAACAGCACAAGCAGCAGACUCGGACAGACACGACGCCAAAACAAGUCCCGCUCCGGCUCCUCCGGGCUCGGACACGGCGGAGAGCUGCAGCCCCAAGUCGUCCUCCGGCCAAUGCGAGGAGAAACAGAGCAGAAGCAGCAGUGGCCAAAGGACGCGCAAGAAGAGAUGUCCAUAUUCAAAGUAUCAGAUCCGGGAACUGGAGAGGGAAUUCUUUUUCAGCGUUUACAUCAACAAAGAGAAGCGCAUGCAGCUCUCACGGAUGCUCAAUCUGACAGAUCGCCAGGUCAAAAUCUGGUUUCAGAACAGGAGGAUGAAGGAGAAGAAACUGAACAGAGACCGUUUACAGUACUACACCACAACCCCCCUGCUAUAAACACUGAACAAAGACUGUCACUGACAUGCAGCCAUUCACCCAUCAUCAAGACACAUCUACAUGUUACAUGACGAGUGUUUAACGUGCCAGAAUUCAUAAAGAAUUCUACUAUUUAUACACUAUUUUGUCAUUAAACAACGGGGGCAUUAUUAUUAUUAUUAUUAUUAUUAUUAUUAUUAUUAUUAUUUAGGCCUGUUAUUGGCCUGCUUGCCCGACCAAUCAACAAUUUUCCAAAGUUAAGUGGUUGCGUGUAUGGUGUGCUUAUCAGAAAGCCAGAUAUGUCUGAUUUCCUUUUGUAUUAUUUAAUAUGCACGAAGAUUACUGUACUGCAAUUCAAAACUUUUUUUUUUUUUCUUAAAUUUUUUAGAAUUUAAAUUGUUUUCCUAAAUUUACGCACGCAACUUUUAUGGUCAGUAAUCUUAACAUCAAACUCUUGGUGUUUUCUUCUUUCUAUUAAUAUUUUAACUUUAUUGUUCAAAUACAACUCCGAUGACUGUAACCCUAUUUUGUGUGUUUUGAAAUUAAUAUCAGAUCUCAGCUGACAUUUUUGGCGGUUAUCAGAAGCCCCCAAAUUACCGGUCAAUGUUGCAUAGUUAAAGGAUGAUUAACUCUAAUACCAAUUCAUCCAUUUCAAGCAUUUUGAGUCAGUGAUAUCAGUGAUAUGUAACAUCUGCGCUUGACCCUCAGGCGCUUGGUUGAGCUCUUGGCCGUAAAAUUGGAUUAUUCCGGAACUUCAUCCACAAGUCCAAACGCUGAUAAGAGAGCAAAACGCCUACAUGAAACAUAACCCCAUAUUUAGUUUUAUAUGCCAGCACGUGGAUCGUAUCAGAUGAUUGAUAUGUCGGUCUGACGCUUUUUAUUCCCUCAUGGCUGGAAAUGGGAUCCGCUGCAGUUAUUGUUUGAUAUCCAUUACAAAGGGUUCAUUCAUUUCUGGGGCGAUGAGGAGAGGCUGAUUUCUGACCUACAUGCCUGUUACAGCCUUACUGAAACAAUCUUGACACUUGUUUGAAUGCAUAUAGAUGUAACAGGCCGCCUCUUUCAAAAUGACAUGAAUCUAUUUGUGUGAUUAUGCUCUCAUCAAAGUAGUUUCUGAAAGACUUUAUUCAUUUCAUCCACUUAAAGUCUGCUGACCCAUCAGGCUGUGACAUUGGGGUAAACAAAGGGCAGACGAACUGCAGAUCACUAUUACAAUCAUCGCUAUGGUCAAUUUAAUUAGCAUCUGGAGUGGUUUAAUCCAAAUAUCAUACAUCAGUUAUCAAUACCAAAUAUGAAUUUAGGCCUGAGGAUUUAUGUUUCGCCUGCAAAGGAAGGUCAAAUGAAGCAUUCCCACAUAAAAAGAUGGGUAAAAAUUGGCUUUAGGUGGCAUUGUAUUCACCACCAGGCCCCUGAAAACAACUUGAAUUGCCUGCCAUACGCUAAUAAGGGCCCUGAUGCCUUCCUUAUACCGUGCAUCCUGUGAGGCUCCCAGGAAUUCCGCUUUGGUUGCUGCACAUCCUCCCAGUUGCUCCAGUAACUUGGCCAUAAAACGCGGAUUCGUCUGGAGCAUUUGGAGUGUAGUGCAAUAAAGCGUCUGAGACCAAGGUUAUUAACUGUGACUAAGGAGCUGAAAAACAACGGCUGGGAGCAUUCAAAGCUUGUGUUCACGGACCUUUCCAGCGUCAUUUCUUUCAGCAUCUUACCGUGGUAGGAAUAUUCUGCGUUUGUGUUGUGUUGCGGUGUAUGCACAGCAGUCUUCUUCCACUGGGUGGCGCUCAUCAGAUCAAUGUCAUUGUCGUGAAUUGAGAUAUAAAAGAAGUUUGACUCGUCGCUCAUAUGUCACCACCUCAGGAUUUCAUUGUUAA